GCUUUUGACGGCGGAUUUAAUUUUACAAUUCGUACAAGAUAAUCAUUGUCUCGUCUUCAACCAAACAGCCCUACUUCGGCAGCUUCAGUCUAGCUGACACCGAUCGUCCUCUCUUUUUUUUCUCUCCUAACUUAAUUUCUUAAAAAAUGUUUGCAAAUUCAAGUUCCAAAUUUUUGUUCCCCGUUCUGAUUUUGGUCUCUGCACUGCUAUGCACAAUAGGGUUCGAUCCGAGGUCGGAGCUCGACUACUCGCCAGUCUACCUAUGGCCACUUCCCUCCGAGUACACUUUCGGCAACGACACGUUCUCCGUCGAUCCCAAUCUCUCGCUCGUCGCCGGCGGCAGCGGCGGGAGCUCUGCAAUUGUGAGAGAGGCAUUUCGGAGAUACAAAGGUAUCGUGUUCAAGCAUAUAUCUGGUAUUUCUAAAAUCAAGUUAAGAGGCACAUCGGGGUAUGAUAUUAACAGUCUUCGAGUGAUUGUUCACUCGGAUAACGAAACGCUUCAUCUUGGAGUGGACGAGAGCUAUUCAUUGUAUAUAACGAAGAAUGAUGGCCGAUCGAUAAUCGGGGAGGCUAUGAUCGAGGCAAAUACUGUUUAUGGCGCAUUGCGUGGUUUAGAGACGUUCAGUCAAUUAUGUGCAUUUGAUUAUGGAAGUAAAUCUGUACGAGUAUACAAUGCGCCAUGGUUCAUCCAAGACAAGCCAAGAUUUGCAUAUCGUGGCCUUUUGCUUGAUACUUCAAGGCAUUAUCUGCCAGUUGAUGUAAUCAAGCAAAUAAUAGAAUCUAUGUCAUAUGCUAAACUUAAUGUACUUCAUUGGCACAUCAUAGAUGAGGAAUCAUUUCCUCUCGAAAUUCCUACAUAUCCAAAUUUGUGGAGUGGUGCAUAUACAAAGUGGGAGCGCUUUACUGUUGAGGAUGCUUAUGAAAUUGUUAACUUCGCCAAAAGUAGAGGCAUCAAUGUCAUGGCGGAAAUUGAUGUCCCUGGUCAUGCUGAAUCAUGGGGCAUUGGGUAUCCUGAUCUUUGGCCUUCACCAUCCUGUAGGGAGCCACUGGAUGUUUCUAAAAAUUUUACAUUUGAUGUCAUUUCUGGCAUUUUGACAGAGUUGCGAAAAAUUUUUCCUUUCGAGCUAUUCCACUUGGGCGGUGAUGAGGUCAAUACAGGUUGUUGGAGUUCAACACCACACGUGAAACAAUGGCUUCAAGACAACAACCAGACUGCUACAGCUGCAUAUCAAUACUUUGUUCUUAAAGCUCAAGAGAUAGCGAUUUCAAAAAACUGGACUCCAGUCAACUGGGAAGAAACCUUCAACACUUUUGCUGCACACCUUAAUCCACGUACUGUGGUGCACAACUGGCUGGGCGCUGGAGUUUGUCCAAAAGCUGUUGCAAAAGGUUUCAGAUGCAUUUUCAGCAAUCAAGGUUUCUGGUAUCUUGACCAUCUAGAUGUCCCUUGGGAGGGCGUGUAUAAUGCUGAACCACUAGAAGGAAUAAACGAUGCUUCUAAGCAAGAGCUUGUGCUUGGAGGAGAAGUUUGCAUGUGGGGCGAAACUGCUGACACCUCAAAUAUUCAGCAAACUAUAUGGCCUCGGGCUGCUGCAGCUGCAGAGCGCUUGUGGAGCAGGAGGGAGGCCAUAUCUGUAGGAAAUACUACCUCAAGGGUGCUUCCUAGGCUUCAUUACUUCAGAUGCCUUCUGACUAGGCGUGGGGUUCAGGCAGCUCCAGUUUCAAACAAGUACGCUCGAAGCCCUCCGAGUGGUCCAGGAUCUUGCUAUGAUCAGUAAUUCUUCCUUUUUGUCAUUUUGAUAUGUACUUAUAUGUGCGAAACUGCAUAUCCAUCAUCUGUAAAUUAUGAACUGUAUGCACUUCCCAAAAAUUCACUUUUCUCUUGCUGUGAUCUGGUGCCUGUAUGUUUCAUUAGUUGGUGCGUUGUUUAGCUUUACGAGCAUCUUGUUGCAGUGGUUGUUGUUGUUGCUGCUGCUGCUGUUUAUGUUGAUGAAUAAAUGCUUAUCCAGAGUUUUAAUAUGUCAUUAUUGAUAUUGUGGAUUUUUUU